UUGUCCCCACUUGUGCUCGCAACUCAACCAGUACUUGCGCCGACUUGCCAGUCGACCUCAUCCUUAGAGGCUCCGUACCAAUUUGCCAAAUCUAUAUAGGUUCCGUUAGCUAAUUUUCAUAUCUUGUGAAUUUGACAUCUGUGUUUCCAACUCUGAACACGGACUUUCGCUAUAGCUUCCAUCUUUGCCCUGCAAAAGUUAAGUGUUGUCUGUUGUUGGCCAAUCACCUUUUUUCGCUGAUUUGGUCAUAAGAGUGUUAACAUAGUGGGAACAAAACUGUUCAUAUAGAUUUGAUUUUACACUGAACUUUACCCAGAACAUUUCCAUUUUAUUUCGGCAAAGGCAUAUAGAUUACUCCAUUUUCUCUUCUUGAACAUUUACCUGUGUCCUUUACUCAUUGUAUCUAAAAAUGUCUGUCCUAUUCCUAAAGUACGCCCUAAAGCCGUUCCUAUUCGUUUUCCAGUUGCUAAACAGAAUUUUCUGGUCCGGAUUAAACGGCCGUACCGUUUUCCAGCUAGUGCUAAACUUCUGGCUCAACUUUUCACCAGUCUUUAUUUGGUUACUUAUGUUUAAGAAUGCCGGAAUUAUACCCAAGGAAAUCCGUCCUAAGAUUUACGUCGCAUUGGCUAUGCAUGUUGACGACUAUAUGUUCAACUUCGUCGGUCAUCCGCUCAUCUCCACUGUAGCUCUUGUGAGCUUAGUGUCUGGGGCUUGGUUGAUCUACUACGUGUUUUAUAGAACCCCCACCUCCAAAAAGCAAGAACAUUCGAUUGAGUUUUUCAAAAAUUUAUCGUCCAAUGCCAUUUCUACACAGACCUCAGAAACCAACCGUAGGAUAUGGAGAACUAUCAAAACCAGAGGAUACGGGCCAUUAAACUGCUGGAACUUGUCUCCACCAAUUCUUAUGGCAUUGAGUUGGUUCCUACUUAACAUUGACUACUGGUUCAAGGACCCAAUUAACACUCCUAAGGACUUACUUGCAUGGACUUCUUAUGUUUUGUUUCAUUUCUUUGUUCCUUUAUUCACUGCCAUAUGGUUAUAUGUAUUCCACGCCCCUGGAGCUUUGAGAUUGUUUUCAUUUGGACUUGGAAUGCAAAAUAUAGCAGGUGUUUGCACCCACUUGCUUUUCCCCAAUGCUCCACCUUGGUUCAUCCACUUAUACGACGAAGAUGCGGAAGCAACUUAUGACUUGCCUGGUUAUGCCGCUGGAUUAACCAGAGUCGAUAUGGCCAUGGGAACCCAUCUCAAUUCCAACGGUUUCCAUGCUUCACCCAUUGUGUUUGGAGCUUUGCCAUCUUUGCAUUCAGCCAUGGCAGUGAUGGCUUUCUUCUUUGUCUCGUACUACUCGAGAUGGACAACCCUAAAAUUGCUUGCCGCAUCUUUUGUAGCAUUACAAUGGUGGGCGACAAUUUACUUGGACCACCACUGGCGUUUAGACUUGGUUGUUGGCAUGUUGUAUGCGAUUACCAGCUUCACGUUGUUAUAUUGUUGGCCCAGGGGAAUUAAAAAAGUUGAUUCAGAUUUCAUGAAAGCUAGACUACGAUUUGAUUUCAAGAAUGGAUCGACUAUGGGAAUGAGAGUUUUCAGGAAUACCCGCUUACAGAACUUUUUCGAUCCUUUAGCAUAGACAUAUAAUACAUUUACCUACGCCUUUAAUCUACGAAUGCAUAUCGGUCUACGAUCGAUCUUAUAA